GGCCGAGCAGCGUGGCCCCUCCCCCCACCCCCCCCGGAAACCUUCAGCCAUCAAACAGCACGGUCCCAGCUUAUGUCGUAGAAAUGCAGGUCAUGCUCCAGUAGUAUGCCAGAGAUGCGUCCCUUGUACCUGGGUCGAUGUCCUCUCAAGAAAGCUCGCUCUUACCUGACCCCUCAUUAUAACUUCGUUCCUGGCUGCUAUCUCUAGAUCCCACCAACAUGCCUUCCAUUGUAGUCAUUGGACACCUCACAGCCGCCAACAAGGAGGCUAGACAGACUGUUCUUGACGCCCUCACCAAAGUCAGCCAGUACUCAAAGCAGUCUGAGCCUGGCGUCCUCCGAUAUGCCAUCACAGUUCCACGAGAUGUUUCGGAUGAGAAGUCGAUAUAUGUCAUUGAGGAAUAUGCCGACCAGGCCGUCCUGGAUUCCCACAUGGGGAGCAAAGCCGUCACGGACCUGAUUGCCUUCUUCACGGCCAAUGGCGACCUCUUCGGCGGAGCAACUAAUGUCUCUACUUUGGAAACCUCGUCCGCCUUCGUCCGGCCAGAGAUCACCAAAUGCAACGAUCCCUUCAUGUGCUACGCAUCAAUUGACUACAAAGAAAGCUCGAGGGCGGAUGCGCUGGAGGGUUGGAGGCAUGUUACGUCGGAGACGCAAAACAACGAGUCGGACACGUUGAGUUACGCCAUUCUCAAGGACAAGACGAAUGAAAUCACUAUCAGUACUAUCGAAGCGUACGCGAACGAGGCGUUUUUCAGGGAAGUACAUGCGAAGAGUACACAUGUUCAAGAGAACCGAGCCAAAUAUGGUGAAGGACAUAGAACCGCUUUCAGAUUCGCCUUCGUAAAGAUGGUGGCGGGCUAUCUAUAUAAGGAUAAGAGCGGAUCAAACCUAUAG